GGCGGCAGCAACCCAAAUCCACGUUGUAGUUUCUCGUCGAGAUUAUAUGUUUCACUUCCGUGUCCGGUGAACCAUCUUCACAUUUGGAAAAACUUGUCCACUGUACGACACAGGCAGAAAGAUGGCUGGGAAACGCGCGGCAUUGAAAGCUAUUGACUGGUUGGCCUUUGCUGAGAGGGUGCCCCCCAACCAGAGGGCCAUGUUCAACAACCUCAAGACGCGCUCAGAUGCCAUCGGUGCCAAGCUGUCCUCUCUGCCAGAGAAGCCUGUUACCAUCGACUGGAGCUUCUAUAAGACCAAUGUGGCCAGAGCCGGCAUGGUGGCUGAGUUUGAAUCCAAGUUCUCAGCCCUGACCAUCCCUGAGCCCAAGGACACAGCCACAGCCGCCAUCAACACACAGGAGGCAGAGGCGAACAAAGCUGCUGUUGCCUAUGUGGAGGCUUCCAAAGCUCGUAUCAGCCAGUAUGAGAAGGAGCUGGAGAAGUUCCAGAACAUGAUUCCCUUCGACCAGAUGACCAUCGAUGAUCUGAACGACACGUUCCCUGAGACCAAGCUGGACAAGGAGAAGCACCCGUACUGGCCCCACAAGCCCAUCGCUGAGCUGUAAACUGGCCCCACAAGCCCAUCGCUGAGCUGUAAACUGGCCCCCAGCGCUGUCUAGAUAAUAUUCUACUUUCCUCUGAUGAAAGGUUGUAUAGUGUCCUUUGUAUAAAGUCAAGUCCUGUUUCAUCUACAAAGACAGUUUGUGAAAUAACUGCUUAUUGUUAUUGAGCAACUGAGUAAGGUCAUCUGGUCCUUUGAAUGGAAAUAAACAUUUAUGGAAAUUGAA